AUUAGUAGCCUCAAAAAAUACAAUUCGUUUAUUUUGGGCACUCACUGCGAGCACAAUAGAAAUGAAUGCGAUUUGUUACACAAAUGUGCGCAGGAAGGCACAGAACUUUGUGAAGAUUUGGUUAACGGUUAUAAGUGCAAUUGCCGUCAUGGCUACACUGGAGAACUGUGUGAAAUACACAUUGACCAGUGUGCAUCAGAGCCGUGUCUUAAUAAUGGAACAUGCGUGGAUAGUGGCUCGCAGUUUCGAUGUGACUGCCCUCGCGGAUGGAAAGGUGCCAGGUGCGAAGAGGAAGAUGGUCUCUGUGCGCUCAAUCCAUGCCACAACGGUGCUCACUGCGUCAAUUUAGUUGGUGAUUACUUCUGUGUAUGUCCAGAAGGAGUAAGUGGCAAAGACUGCGAGGUCGCGCCAAAUCGAUGUCUGGGCGAGCCGUGCCACAAUGGUGGCGUGUGCGGUGAUUUUGGUUCUCAUCUGGAAUGCACAUGUCCAAAAGAUUUCAUCGGUAACGGAUGCCAGUAUGAGUUAGAUGCGUGUCAAGAAGGUGUGUGCCGAAAUGAUGCGAAAUGUGAGCUACUAGAAGGAGGAGAUUAUCGAUGCAUUUGCGAAUCAGCUCAGUGUAAUCCACAGUCCAAAGCGAUCACUUCUGUGCCGAUUCGCGAAUCUAUGAUCGGAAAUGUUUACCUGAAAGUGUUUAACAACCCUCUGGUUACGACAUAUUGUGCCAUUUCAUAUUGUAAUUUAAAAUUUUCAAUAAUUUCACCUGGCCAUAUAACUUAUCCGCAUAUUUUUAAGGUUGGAGGCUUUUUCUGUCAGUGUCCAUUCAAUAUGACAGGCCUGAACUGUGAUAAAGCAAUCGAUGAGGAUUAUGAUCUGCAUUUCUAUGAUCCUGUGCUUCCGGCUGCAGCUGCCCUUUCCGUUCCAUUUAAAUUUACUUCAUCUGCUUUUACAAUCUCACUGUGGGUGAAAUUUGAUAUUCCACUCACACAUGGAACUGUUUUAACCCUUUACAAUAGCAGGGAAAGUCAUUAUCCUUCGAAAAUUAGCGAAUUAUUGCGAAUUUCUGCUGAAAAUAUCCAUCUGAACCUUCUGCAAGACGAAACACCAUUGAAUCUUCAUUUCCCUUCCACACAACGCCUUAAUGAUGGUAACUGGAAUAAUCUAGUGAUUACGUGGAAAUCAGUGGAUGGAUCUUACUCUCUCAUCUGGAAUGCUGUGCGGAUUUAUGCUGAUGUUGGUUAUGGAACGAACAAGAUUCUGGAUAUGAAGUAA